CAGUAAAUCAUUCAGUUUCAUCGGGCCAGAGGGUUAUUUCCAGUAAAAGACAGGCGCGCAGUUGUAAAUUCAGCCGUGGAGAGCGCUAAAACACGCGGAUUGAGUGACAACAUGAGGUCGAGCUCUCCUGCAAAGUUGUCCAGCGGGUGUAAAGUUACGGGCGGACAGGACACACCUCUAGAGGGAGUUCCCGGGGAGGUGGAAACAAGGAGCUGAUCGUUUCUCCUGCAGAAAGCCAGGAGCCCUUUCACUCGCAGAGAGAGCGGUCACCUCGGGCCCGCGGCUGUGCGUCUUUCCAACAGCAGCAGCAGCCACAGCAGUAGCCCGUGACACGAGUGGAAAAAUGCCCGGCAUGGGCAACUCUUUACGCGCGGCUGCCCUUCUGGCUUUCGUGGUUCUUUCCAUUCUGGUAUCACUCCUGAUUAGCAGCGUGCAGCAGUUUGGAGCGAGAACAUCGCACUUUUUCAAUGCAACCGUCUCUGGUGAUGAGGAGGAGUUAGCGUCCCUCCGCGGGGCUCUGGUCUACCAGCUCAACGAGAGGCGAAGAGAAAUCCUUCCCCUGCUUUCACCUGACGAGCAUGACAGAGACGAAGCAUCGGAGGAAAGUUACCCAAAGCUCGACCAGGAGUCUACUCUGGAUUACAGUCUGUGGAAUGAGAUCACACUUGGCUCCAGGAAAGCGCAUCUGGAUGAAAUGGGUUGCGAGUCUCUGGUGGACAUGCGGGCGAUGGAGGUCCUCGGGUCUGGGUACACCAAGCUGGUUGUCAAAGUGAAUCUAGCCGGAGGUCAGCCCGUGGCGUUGAAACUCGUCAACGAGCAGGGCAUUGACAUGGGCAAAUGUGUGGAGGAUUUUAAAGAUCCCCAGGGCUGCCGAGAGCUGGUUUCUUACAAGCUGAAGAAGGAAAUAGUCCUGUUGCAAAGGCUGCAGCAUCCAAACGUCAUAAAGCUGAAGGGUCACUGUGCAGGAGGCCACGGAGGAAGAGAAGGAGAGGGAGGAAGAGUCACGGUCAUUCUGGAACAGGGGAAUCCUCUCCAGAUGAUCCAGCUGCUCCAGAGCCCCUGGGAAGACAGAUUCAGGGUGUGUCUGGACCUCGUCAGGCUCCUCCACUUCCUCUCCCGGUCUCCUCUGGGCUCCGUGGCCCUGCUGGACUUCCAGCCCCGGCAGUUUGUCACCGUGUCUGGCGCGCUGAAGCUCACGGACCUGGACGACGCCAGCGCGGAGGAGACGGCCUGUGAGACGGACGCAGACUGCACCCUCCAGUUUCCGCACAGAAAUUUCACCCUGCCGUGCUCGGCCGGGGGGGUGUGCGAGGGACUGAAUGAGAAGAGGAACAUCUACAACGCCUACAGGUACUUUUUCACCUACCUGCUGCCUCACCAGGCCCCGCCCGGCCUCACACACCUGGUAGACCACAUCAUGAACUCCACAGGGGAGCUGAAAGCUGAUAUCAAUCAGACUCUGGAGGCCUUUGAACACAUCCUCCACCUCUACAGGUCUGGCUUACACCUGGACAACCUGCCUCCAUCAAUAAUCAGAGAUUACACCGUGAUGCGAGGAAUGGUCACCUCCGGGAGCGUGGAGUACCGCUGCUGGCCGUCCUACAGCCAGCAGGGCUGCGUGCUGUCCGUCCACAGCGCCAGGGAAGCCGCGCUCAUCUGUAACUCCCACUCUCAGUGCAACAGCUUCACCGUGACGGGACAGAAGACCUGGACGGGCCGAAUCCUGGUCUCUUUCAGGAGCAGCUUCAGUCACCUGGUGCCUGAUGCGACGUCAGACGUGUACGUGAAGAAAAGCAAAUCUCUGGAGACUUCUGCGGCGUGACACAUGGAGAGGAAGGAAGACUCGGUCGAGCUGGGCUGAGAGACGACGCUCAGCCAGUCGAGUUGACGUGAACCAAAAUGUUGCGCUGCACAAGAGAACUGUGAUCACUCCGAACGCUGCUCGGCUCUGUGGGUUUGCAGAAGCAGCGUGGAGGCCCGGGCCGUUUGAAGUGAGCAAGUGAAUGUGAUGUAUUUAUAGGCCUUCUUGCUCAGUGACUGUUUGAUCUGGCUGCCAGCUCACUGCCUCGGCCAGCUACUAUUUAAAGGGAUUUCCCUUCAGGUACAAUUAAGGAGGGAGAGCCUUGUGCCCUCGACAUGCUUUUUUUUUCUACCUACCUUGCCUUUAUUUGCCAUGUGUGUUGGCUUUCGUUGUGAGGCCGGGUCCCCGCAGUCAAAUUUUUAAACCAAAGAGGUAAUAAGAACACCGGCUGCAGAUCAGCGUUUGAAGCCGGAGGACGAGAAAAGAAAACAAGCUCUUAUUCAAAUACACUUUGAUGUUAAUGCGCCGUUGAGGUUGCGGCCGUUUUUUUUUGUUUUUUUUCAUGGUUCCCCGGAUUAGCUGCGCUGUGGUAUGAGAUGGCAACAACCAUGUAAGCAUUUACACGUCAACAAUGAGCAAAGAUUAAAACCAUUCCACGGCAGUCUGCUGUUUUUACAUGCUUUUGUAAACUUAGUCACAGUGUUUAGCUCAUAAAUAUUUAUAUGAUCAAGUGAAAUGUAAUUGUUCUUACAUGUUUGUGCAUUACGGCUUAUGUGCACCUUGUGGGUGAAACUUUUAUUUUCAAUGAAAAAUUAUUCACUACAGUGUUUUUUAUGCUUAACUUGUAAACUGUACAGUUUGACACUGUGUACUUAUAUAAAUGUAUUGUUUUUACUA